AUGAGCCUUCAAGUGAGUAGCAUUGUCUUAGGGCGGAUUUGGAAGUGCUUAAAGCCGGACUGAAUUUUGAAAGGAAAAAUCGUUGAAUUCUUUGAAAUAUGUUGAGUCAACAUUGUUGAUGAUCAAAAUUCCCUCUUGUGAAAAUUCUAAUUUUUGCUGUUGGAUGAGAAGCAAGCGCCUCGAAAUGGAUUUUGACAGAAAUGGCCGCGGCCUAAGUGGAAACCUAAUCCAUCCGAGUUUUUUUCCGCCAUGUUUGCCAGCAACACAGUUGCUAUCAAUUUUUUUGCGUUUUUCACUCGUUUUCAAGUCGUUCUUUCUUCUUUUAUUGACUAUAGUCUCUGUUCCUGUUUGAAUUCGUAAAAACGAAUUCAAACAGGAAUUCAAACAUUAUCUGCUGUCUUCGCAAUACAAAGCGCAAAUUUUCAGCGUAUCGACGAGCAUUUCGCCGUUUUGCAAUUCAACACCGCCGAGAAGGCUCAAGAAGAGCAAGUUGGAAAGCAAGUUGAAAGCAAGUUGUACAAGACAUCAACUUUUAUUAAUAAGAAUGAUGAUGAUAAUUUCUCUUCACCUAUAUCUUAUUUCUGUUUCAGUCUGCAGCUGGUGUCUUUCAAACAGUUCAAAACCACUGCCGGAGCUGUCGAAGCCGCUCCCCAAAUCACGGAAGGAAAACUCAGUCUGAAGAAGCUCAUCAAGUCUAGCGUUGAUGAGACCGGAAAACUGGCCGUCGGAGACGCCAAGCUCGGAAACUUGAUCGAGGUUUGUGCCUGUAAUAAUAAUUUACUUUUGUUCACAAAAUUACGUUCAGGGGAAACUUCCCCUCAACUGCGUCCAUGAUAUCUCUAUCAACGAGUUGAUGAGCGGAGUUCGUGCGCAUAUUGAUGAGUUGAUGAGGAAACAAAUGUCAUGA